AUGGUUUCACUAUUUGUGGAGGUGAAAGAAUUUGGUGUUCCAGACACAGUUAAGUCAAUGUUAUGGUGUGGUGAGGAUAUAUGUGUGGGAAUCAGAAGAGAGUAUAUGAUCUUGAAUGCUACAAAUGGUGCCUUGUCUGAGGUGUUUCCUUCAGGGAGGAUUGCCCCACCUUUGGUGGUGUCUCUUCUGUCUGGAGAAUUUCUUUUAGGGAAGGUCUCUUACCAAGACACAUUGAGAUAUGGUCCCUUCGGUCUCCUUAUCCAUAGUUACAAACAGUUGUUCGCCGCAAUGUUUGCCAUCUCCUUCAUAGCAACCAUGUUAUUAUUGUAG